AUGGCUACUGGAACUGUACCAGCUUCCUUCACGGGUCUAAAAGGCAGGGACUCGAGUAUCGGGUUUGCUAAAAGUAUGGAUUUUGUGAGGGUUUGUGAUUUGAAGAGGUUUAAGUCUGGAAGAACAAGAAUCUCAGUGAUACGGAACUCAAAUCCCGGAUCAGAUAUUGCAGAACUCAAGCCUGCAUCUGAAGGCAGCCCUUUGUUAGUUCCUAGACAAAAGUAUUGUGAAUCAAUACACAAAACUGUCAGGAGGAAAACACGAACAGUGAUGGUUGGAAAUGUGGCUAUUGGUAGUGAGCAUCCCAUAAGGAUUCAAACAAUGACGACAACUGACACAAAGGAUGUUGCUGCUACAGUUGAACAGGUAAUGAGAAUAGCAGACAAGGGAGCAGAUCUUGUUCGGAUAACAGUUCAAGGGAAGAAAGAAGCAGAUGCUUGUUUUGAUAUUAAAAAUACCCUCGUGCAGAAAAAUUACAAUAUACCUCUGGUGGCAGAUAUUCAUUUUGCACCUUCUGUUGCAUUGCGAGUUGCUGAAUGCUUUGACAAAAUUCGCGUCAACCCUGGAAAUUUUGCGGAUAGACGGGCUCAGUUUGAGAAGUUAGAGUACACCGAAGACGACUAUCAGAAAGAACUUGAGCACAUUGAACAGGUUUUUACUCCAUUGGUUGAAAAGUGUAAGAAGUAUGGAAGAGCAAUGCGUAUUGGCACAAACCAUGGCAGCCUUUCGGAUCGUAUAAUGAGCUAUUAUGGGGAUUCCCCUAGAGGAAUGGUUGAAUCUGCAUUUGAGUUUGCAAGGAUUUGCCAGAAGUUGGACUACCAUAAUUUUCUUUUUUCAAUGAAAGCAAGCAACCCAGUUAUCAUGGUCCAGGCAUAUCGUUUGCUUGUGGCUGAAAUGUAUGUUCAAGGAUGGGAUUAUCCAUUGCACUUGGGAGUUACUGAAGCUGGAGAAGGUGAGGAUGGGCGAAUGAAAUCUGCAAUUGGUAUUGGAACCCUUCUUCAGGAUGGUUUGGGUGAUACAAUUAGGGUUUCACUUACUGAAGCACCAGAGGAGGAGAUAGAUCCCUGCAGAAGAUUGGCCAACCUUGGUAAGAGAGCAGCUGAUCUUCAGCAAGGAGUGGCUCCAUUUGAAGAGAAGCACCGACAUUAUUUUGACUUUCAGCGUCGAUCUGGUCAACUGCCAAUGCAAAAGGAGGGUGAGGAGGUGGAUUAUAGAGGUGUCCUGCACCGUGAUGGCUCUGUUCUCAUGUCAGUAUCCCUUAAUCAGUUGAAGACACCAGAGCUCCUCUACAAGUCACUAGCAGCAAAACUUGUUGUGGGCAUGCCGUUUAAGGAUCUUGCAACAGUUGACUCAAUCUUAUUGAGACAACUUCCACCAGUUGAUGAUAAUGAUUCUCGGCUAGCGCUCAAAAGGUUGAUAGAUGUCAGUAUGGGUGUUAUAACACCAUUGUCAGAGCAGCUAACAAAGCCAUUGCCCAAUGCCAUGGUUCUGGUAAAUUCGAAGGAAUUAUCAACUGGUGCAUACAAGCUUUUGCCAGAAGGUACACGCAUAGUUGUCUCGGUACGUGGCGAUGAACCUUAUGAAGUGCUGGAUAUUCUCAAAGGCAUUGAUGCUACAAUGCUUCUCCAUGAUCUUCCCUUCAGUGAAGAUAAAGUAAGCCGCGUGCAUGCUGCAAGAAGGCUGUUUGAGUAUCUGGGAGACAAUUCUCUGAACUUUCCGGUCAUACACCAUAUUCAGUUUCCAAGUGGAAUUCAUAGGGAUGACUUGGUUAUUGCUGCUGGUACCAAUGCGGGGGCCCUUUUAGUAGAUGGACUUGGAGAUGGUCUCCUAUUAGAAGCCGCAGACAAAGAUUUUGAUUUCCUUAGAAACACAUCUUUCAAUUUACUACAAGGUUGUAGAAUGCGGAAUACAAAGACGGAGUACGUUUCAUGCCCAUCAUGUGGCAGAACUUUGUUUGAUCUUCAAGAAAUAAGUGCACAAAUACGAGAGAAGACAUCGCACUUGCCUGGCGUUUCAAUUGCAAUCAUGGGUUGCAUUGUUAAUGGACCUGGGGAGAUGGCUGAUGCAGACUUUGGGUAUGUUGGUGGUGCUCCUGGAAAGAUUGACCUCUAUGUUGGGAAGACCGUGGUGAAGCGUGCAAUUGAGAUGGAGCAUGCAACCGACGCCUUGAUCCAGCUAAUAAAAGAUCACGGCCGCUGGGUUGACCCUCCAGCGGAAGAGUAA